GAGAAGUGUUCAGUCCAGCAGCAGACGCACAGUCAGCACACACACACACACACACACACACGCACACGCACACGCACACACACACCGAGGUCUUGGCGUGCUCAAGAUGGACGAAUUGGCUCUUCCUUCGUGGCUUUGCGUCCUGGCGGUGGCCGUGUUUACGUGUGGCGUCGUGAAGAGGAUGCUGGCCUCCCACCUGAGCCCCGCCUCCAGCGUGGCGGCGUGGUUGGGGGCCACCGUGCUGAUGGAGCGCACGUGGGCGACGUGCGUGCCCGCCGGGCUGCUGCUGGCGCUGCUGGGACUCGCCUACUUCCUCUACGCCGUCGCCAGGUCCCGCACGCCACUCGCCGCCCUGCCCGCCGCGGGGAAGGCCGUUGUCAUCACAGGAUGUGACUCGGGCUUCGGGAAGGCGACGGCCAAGCGUCUGGACGCCCUGGGCUUCCAGGUGUUCGCCACGGUGUUGGAGCUGUCGGGGGAAGGAGCUGCUGAGCUCCGCAGGACGUGCUCGCCACGCCUCACGCUCCUGCAGGUGGACAUCACGAAGCCGCAGCAGCUCCAGCAGGCGCUGACGGACGUCCAGGCCCAGCUGGGCUUCAAAGGGCUGUGGGGUCUGGUCAACAACGCCGGCGUGUGCGUCAACUUCGGUGACAUCGAGUUGUCCCUGAUGUCGAACUUCCGCGGGUGCAUGGAGGUCAACUUCUUUGGAACGCUCAAUGUCACUAAAAGCUUCCUGCCGCUGCUGCGACAGGCCAAAGGUCGCCUCGUCACCGUCUCAAGUCCAGCUGGUGACCAACCUUUUCCCUGCCUGGCGGCGUACGGAGCGUCCAAGGCGGCCCUCAACCUCCUCAUCAACACGCUGAGACACGAGCUGGCACCCUGGGGCGUCCACGUGGCCACCAUCCUGCCAUCCUCAUACAAGACAGGUCAGUGCGGUAACCACGCCUACUGGGAGGACCAGCACCAGCGGCUGCUGCAGGCGUUGCCGCGGGCGUUGCUGGAAGACUACGGCGAGGACUACGUGAGCGAGACCAAGGAGUUGUUCCACAGCUACGCCCGGCAGGCCAACCCGGACCUCAGCCCCGUGGUGGACGCCAUCGUGCAGGCGCUGCUGUCGCCGCAGCCCGAGGCGCGCUACUUGGCGGGGCCGGGCGUGGGCCUGAUGUACUUCAUCCACAACUACUGUCCCCACGCCAUCCGCAACCGCUUCCUGCAAAGCCUCUUCGUCAAGAAGAAGGUGACGCCGCGGGCGCUGAGGAAGCGUGCGGCCUUUGACCUCGCCUCCCACGACGACAACAACAACAACAACAACAAGGAGGAGGAGGGGGUCAAGGUCAAGUAGCUGCCCGACGGCGGAAUCACUCGGAAGCACCAGUCACUCGCUAGAGCUUUAGGACACGCACACGUUGCAAAGGGGAGUGGGGGCGGGGCUUAGGAAAGACGCCACCGGCCUCCAACCAAAGACGAGCGUAGGAAGGCCACAAAGACAACAGGACAUCCUGGCCCAGACUAGCUCCGCCCCUGAGAGACGCCACAAGCCUUAAAGGAAGUGCGCCGGCAGGUGGAAAGGAAGGUGAUGCUGUAGACACGCCCCCCGCGGCCUCGUGUCCAAUGACGCCACAGCAUUCUCUACAUGUGACAUCACCCCGCCAGAAUAAAAGCAGAAGAGUUAGCCAUUACUUAGGCAUGCAGUAGUAGGAAGUAGUAGGAAGUAGUAAGUAGUAGGAAGUAGUAAGUAGUAGUAAGUAGUAGUAAGUAGUAGUAAGUAGUAGUAAGUAGUAGUAAGUAGUAGUAAGUAGUAGUAAGUAGUAGUAAGUAGUAGUAAGUAGUAGUAAGUAGUAGUACCACCACCACAAUGAAUUCCAUCAUAUUUCAUAUCUCAUCCUGUCAAAAUGUGAAACCUUUUACUUCCUGCUGAUGUUGAAAUAUGAUUUUGUUCACCGAUGAAACAUCAGCAACUUUUAUUUAUUGUCCACACACACACACGCACACACACACACACGCACACACACACACACACACACACACACGCACACACACACACACACACACACACACACACACACACACUGCAAAGUGUCUUACGGUUUGACCCUGUUGAUGCUGUCCAGCAUGCUCAUCAGUUCACGACAGCUGUCACUCAAAUUGUCAAUUUGGUAUUUUCUUUGUUUAUUCUUGGCUUGAAUUAAAAAUACUUUUUCUUCUA